AGUAACUACCAGAAUCUUGACCAAACAACAACUUGUAACAAACUCAGCGCAACAUUUUCCAGCAAAAUAUUUCAAAAUGUACAACAAUAAUAUAUCAGUAAGCCAAUACCUCGGCGAAGACAUGGAAAAUUGGCAAAAACCCCGCAAGUCUAUCUUUCUCACCGGAGCUAAUUUCCAAGGAGAUGCUAAUUAUAAAAAAGUUGCACCCGCACCAAAUGCCGCUGUUGUUCUCCCACCUGAACUUCAACGGCGACAGGAAUCCGAAAGCAUGGUCUAUGACCACCUCAGACCAAUGAUCAUGGUUUUACGCAUUCUGGGAAUUUUUCCCAUUGCAAACAUCUCCAAAGGAAUUUAUCGCCUAACUCCUGCACUAAUGGCAUAUUCAGUGUUUCUAUUUGCACUUAUUUUUGGCUUCAUUGGUUAUAUCAAAUGGGAUAAGGUGGAUUUUGUACAAUCCGCUGAAGGGAGGUUUGAAGAAGUUGUAAUCGAGUAUCUUUUCACCGUGUAUUUAGUACCAAUUGUAUUGAUGCCUCUAUCAUGGUUGGAAUGUAGACGAUUGGGUAUGGUGUUAAUGGAUUGGGGAAAAUUUGAGAAAAUUUAUGAAUCUGUUGAGAGUAAGAAGUUACCGUUGUUCGGCGGCAAUAAACCGUUAUUGAUAACUUUGGCUUUACCGAUUUUAUCGGGAGCUAUCAUGGUUGUUAAUCAUAUUACAAUGGUUAACUUUAAAUUCGUUCAGGUGGUACCUUAUUGUUUCAUCAAUAUGAUUACUUUUGUUCUUGGAGGGUUCUGGUACCUUCAUUGUGAGGUUAUCGGCAGUGUUGCAACAGUGUUGGCGGAAGAUUUUCAACAAGCUUUGAAACACAUUGGUCCUUCAACACGUGUGGCUGAAUUUCGUAGUCUUUGGAUGCUCUUGGCUAAAAUAACUCGCGAUGUGGGCAAUGGUACAGGCUACGUGUUGAUUUGCCUCAAUCUUUACCUUUUCCUAAUCAUUACUCUGACAAUUUAUGGACUGCUUUCAACAAUGCAGUAUGGUUUUGGAAUAAAAGAUGUGGGCCUAUGUGGAACUGCUGCCUUUUUCGUCGCGCUACUCUAUUUUAUUUGCGACGAAGCUCAUUACGCGUCUAAUUGCGUGCGGGUAAACUUUCAAAAGAAACUGCUAUUGGUCGAGUUGAGCUGGAUGAAUGAUGACGCGCAACAAGAGAUCAAUAUGUUUCUUCGAGCGACUGAAAUGAAUCCGACUGAUAUGUCCCUAAGUGGAUUUUUUGACAUGAACAGAAACUUGUUUAAAUCAUUGCUGGCGACAAUGGUAACUUACCUGGUCGUGCUACUGCAGUUCCAGAUAAGCAUCCCUGAAGAUAUGCCAAUUCCGAAUGCAACCAUUACGACACCUGCACCAAAAUAA